AUGAUUGAUGAAACGACUGACAUUGCCACUCACAGCCAGCUAUCCAUCUACGUGCGAUAUCUUCAUCAGGGCGCCAGUAAAACCGUGUUUUGCUCGCUAGUGAAAGUUCACAACGGGAAGUCCGACACCAUCCGGGCUGCUGUCGUCCAGUUCCUGCGUGAUGCCGAACUGCCGCUGAACAAGAUGUGCGCGUUUGGCAGCGAUGGCGCCGCAGCCAUGCUUGGGAAGAAGAAUGGCGUUGCUGCACAACUCCAAACCAUGGUUCCCCACAUCCUGGUGAACCACUGCGUUGCCCACCGUCUUGCGUUAGCCAGCUCACAGGCCGCCGAGAAAGUGCCAUACCUCCUUAAGUGGAAGGCUAUCGUGGAACAGCUUUUCCGGUUUUACCACGCUAGUGGCGUCAGAACAGCAUCUCUAUUAGAGAUUCAGACUAUCCUGGAAGAGCCGAAGGUGAAGGUCACAGAGGCAAAGGAUGUCCGAUGGUUGUCGCACAACAAGGCCGUGAAGGCGAUCAGACGCUGUCUGCCGUCACUGCUUACCAGUCUGGAGCAUGAGGCAAGAGAGCGAUGCGACGCAGAGGCACAGGGGCUUGCGAUUUUCAUGCAGCAGUACAGAUUCGUGGCAGCUCUGAUGAUGAUGUCCGAUGUGUUGCCCGUACUGGCGAACCUGUCCCUUGCGCUGCAGACGAAGGACGCUGUCUACAGCACGGUCGGAACUCUUGUGAUGGGUGCCAUCACUACGGUCCGGUCUAUGAAGGAGCACCCAGAGCUUAACUUCAGAGAGCUUCCCGUUACAAUAGGACAACUGUCAGGCCAGCCGUUUCGCUUCAAGAAACCUAGCGCGAACGACGUUUCCGAUUUUAAGAGUAACGUCUUUGACAAGUUCAUCGACGCCGUUGUCAACAAUCUGGAGAGCAGAUUUCCCCACAUCCCCGUGCUGGAGGCAUUCUCUAUGUUUAACCCCACUACAGUACCGGAAGACCAGGCGGAGCGGAACGACCACUGCAAGGACGAACUACAGAUGCUGGUUGAGCGGUUUACCGCAGUUCUCCCAGAUGCCACCGAGGCCGCCUCCGAGUACAGCGUCCUCAAGAACACCAUUCAUCAAGACCUCGGGCUCCAGAAAACGUCGACAACCGUGCUAAUGGAGAAGGUCGCCGGCCCGCUGAAGGAGGCGAUGCCCAACCUUCGUCUGUUGGCAGCAGUGGGUCUACUGCUCCCAACAUCGACCGCAGAUUGCGAGCGCGGUUUCUCCACACUGAAACGGGUUAAGACGGCACAGCGAAACCGGCUGCAAAAUGAAGCGCUAAACGCAGUGUUACGCGUUUCUAUGGAAGGCCCUAGUGUAGCGGACUUCACGAAGACGGAGGCAGAGAAGAUGGUGUCCGAGUGGGCGAGAGAGAAACGCCGCCUCCUAGUUUGA